AUGCACCAGUUCACCUGCUACUACUUUUGUAGUCUUUGUCUGGCUGUCAUCAUUCUCAAUAGCUUUGCCAUCGUAAUAACGGUAGGUUCGUCUCAUGACCAGACUUUGGGUGGUUUUACCAACAGCUCGCCCCGAUGUAUCCUCCUCGAGUCUUCAGUCCUUAUUUUAAACAUGCUCAUGGUCUGCAGUCUGGUACAGUUAACUGCGGACCGUUUCAUCGCCGUUUGCAUGCCACUGAAGUACUGGAAUCUCAUGACCAAAAAGCGCUGUAUUACCGCAAUCGCUGUAGGCUGGGUCAUUGCGCUGUUGUUCAUUCUCGUCUCCCGUACGCUCUACCCCUUCUACUCGCCUCGGAAGACGGUGCAUCUGGUCUCCAAUCCAUCCUCCUUUCAGUCUUUCGCAUUCCCACAUGACUUUCUCGAUUGUUUUAUCUUAGCCACACGUGAUGAUCAUGGACAACGACCAUUCCUCUUCGUCUACCUGCUGGGAGCUUACCUAAUUCCCCUCUGUUUCGUCGUCUUUGCGUACCUCCGCAUUUACCUACUUGUGAAGAGGGCAGCGAACGGGUGUGAUGCUAAGGGUAUAUGCAUCCUCAAUUUACGUCGCAGGGUCUCCGCUCCAGAGCCUGCAUCCAUAUUUCGUUCUACUUUUCGUAGUUUCAGCACUGCAACGUCAACUCAAAUGGCGGAGGAGGGUGGAAAACCCAGAGAGACUCGCAAUCUUCUGCCACCAACGUCCGCCAAUGAGAUAAAUUCCAGUCAAGACAGUAGAGUGGAGUCAUCUAGCCAAGUUCGCAGUGGCUUUAGCGAGACCCGAGCCGCCAAAACUGCUUUCUGCGUUGUUUUCACGUUUUUUGGUCUCACUCUUCCCUACAUGUGUGUCAUUGUUUACGAGGCCCUGAAGGGUGACGCAGGAGGAUUCGUAGAAGCCCGUUCGGGACACGCAUCUGCCACACUGAUUUCCCAGCAGAGUAUCAAGGAUCUGGUUUGUCACCUAAGUGUAUUGCUGCUCUACUCAAACACAAUCCUCACUCCUAUAGUGUAUAUUUGUCGAGAUGGAAUGUUAAGAAAACGAUUUCGGAGUUUUAACCGUAGUCUGCGUCAAAUGCAGAGCAUACGCAAAGGAAACCCAGUACCCAGGACACAAUGA